AUGUUUGUGUUUGAUUUGAAAGUGAGUAUCAUUGAACCUGGCUUUAUGAAAACACCAAUUAUCGAAGGACAUUUGCAAGAACAAGAAAAACUGUGGCAAAAUUUAUCGAUAGAAAUAAAAGAACGAUGGGGCGAAUCCUAUGCGAAAAACUCAAUUAUACCACAAGCAGAAAAUUUUUUUGUAAAAUAUGCUGAAAAUCCGAGCAAAGUUAUAAGAGUCAUUCAACAUGCUGUAUCAAGUAGAAAGCCGAUGAUUCGUUAUCGUCCCGGUUGGCAAUCGUCAUUUCUAGUUUUUGCAUUAGAAUUUUUAAUACCGACACGGCUAACAGAUUUUAUUUUACAAUUAAUAUAUUUUUCUGGUGAAAGACCAGCUGCUGUUAACCGACAAUUAGCUAAAGACUGA